AUGGAGGAGUUCGUGAAGGCGCUCGAGGAACGCAAGCAGGAGGAGAAGCUCAAGAACGCCAACCUCGACGACUGGCUCCCCAUCACCUCCUCGCGCACGGCCAAGUGGUACUACUCCGCCUUCCACAAUGUCACCGCCAUGGUCGGCGCCGGCGUGCUCGGCCUCCCCUUCGCCAUGUCGCAGCUCGGAUGGGGCUUGGGGGCGACGGCGAUCGUGAUGUCGUUCGUGAUCACGCUGUACACGCUGUGGCAGCUGGUGGAGAUGCACGAGCUGGUGCCCGGCAAGCGCUUCGACCGGUACCAUGAGCUCGGGCAGCACGCGUUCGGCCCGCGGCUGGGGCUCUGGAUCAUCCUGCCGCUGCAGAUCAUCGUCAUGGCCGGCACCGACAUCGUCUACAUGGUCACCGGCGGCCAAUGCCUCCGCAAGUUCCACGACCUCGUCUGCCUGGGCCGCCGCUGCAGCGACAUCCGCCUCACCUACUGGAUCAUGAUCUUCGCGUCCCCACACUUCCUCCUCGCCCAGCUCCCCAACUUCAACUCCAUCUCCUCCGUCUCCGGCGCCGCCGCCGUCAUGUCGCUCGCCUACUCCAUGAUCGCCUUCGUCACGUCGGCGGUCAAGGGCGCCGGCGCCGCCACGGCCGCCGACUACGGGCUCCGGGCGACCACGGCGGCGGGGCAGGGGUUCGGCAUGCUCAGCGCGCUCGGCACCGUGUCCUUCGCGUACGCGGCGCACAACGUGGUGCUGGAGAUCCAGGCCACCAUCCCGUCCACGCCGGAGACGCCGUCGAAGAGGCCCAUGUGGCGCGGCGUCGUGGCGGCGUACGCCAUCGUCGCGCUCUGCUACUUCUCCGUCGCCUUCGCCGGGUACUACGCCUUCGGCAGCUCCGUCGACCCCAACGUCCUCAUCACCCUCGACAAGCCGCGGUGGCUCAUCGCCGCGGCGAACCUCAUGGUCGUCGUCCACGUCGUCGGCGGAUACCAGGUCUUCGCCAUGCCCAUGUUCGACAUGAUCGAGACCCUACUCGUCAAGAAGCACAAGUUCGCGCCGGGUUUCUUCCUCCGCUUGAUCGCCCGCUCCGCCUACGUCGCCGCCACCAUGUUGAUCGGCAUGACCUUCCCCUUCUUCGACGGCCUGCUCGGAUUCUUCGGCGGCUUCGGCUUCGCGCCAACCACAUACUUCAUUCCUUGCAUAAUGUGGCUAAUACUGAAGAAGCCGAAGAAGUACGGCCUGACGUGGUUCAUCAACAUUAUCUGCAUCGUGAUCGGUGUGGUGCUGACGCUCGUCUCCUCCAUUGGCGGCCUGCGGCAAAUCAUCCUUGACGCCAAGAAUUACAAGUUGUACUCUUAAGCAUUGCAAGUUGUACUCUUAAGCAUCCAGGAAGAGA